UUCCGCUUGGGCCUAAUGCGGCCCAUCUCUCUCUGUGACGCACGCGUCGCGUCGCUGUCUUGUCUGAUCGGGAGGAUAAUCCCCGCUCCCACACGUCCGCCCCACAACCGCUUCCGCGGGGUCGCAUAUUCGCACGCGCACCGCUUCCAGAACCUUCCACUCCAUCCCCAACCCAAGCGGCCGCUGCUACGGCUACUGCCCAAUCCCCACCACCUACCUACCACCCUCCCCUCCCCUCCCCGUCCUCCUCCUCCGCCGCCGCCUUCCUGCGCGGCGCACCCCGUCUCCCUCCGCGAUCCGAUCCCCGUUCCUGGCGCGCGGAGAUCUCCCCGCGGUGAUCACGCCCGCCAGGUGUUUGUGUCUGUGCCUCGUCACGGGCCCAUUCCUCCGCCCUUCGGUCACGCGCAUACCGUGCCCAUCCGCGCCACAUCAAGGCUUGCACGGGCGAGAAGAGAACCCCCGUCUCGUCUCUGGUGCCGGAAGGCGCGGCCCUCGGCGAUGGGCUCUGCCGCUGCCAUGAGCCACCGGAUGAUGAACCCGGUGAAGGUGGAGGGCCGCCCCUCCCCCUCCCCCUCCCCGACGGCGGCCGCCGGCGGCGGCGGAGGGGCGCCGAGGCCGAUGGACGGGCUGGCGGACGCGGGCCCCACGCCGUUCCUUGCCAAGACCUACGACAUGGUCGACGACCCCACCACCGACGCCGUCGUCUCAUGGAGCGCCACCAACAACAGCUUCGUCGUCUGGGACCCGCACCUCUUCGGCACCGUGCUGCUGCCGAGGUACUUCAAGCACAACAACUUCUCCAGCUUCGUCCGACAGCUCAACACCUAUGGCUUCAGAAAGGUGGAUCCUGACAGGUGGGAAUUUGCAAAUGAGGGAUUCUUGCGAGGGCAGAGACACCUUCUCAGAAAUAUUAAGCGCCGGAAACCUACACACGGGUCUCAGAAUCAGCAAUCUCUUGGCUCCUACCUUGAGGUGGGGAACUUUGGACAUGACGUGGAGAUAGAUCAGUUGAAAAGGGACAAGCAGCUCUUGAUGGCUGAAGUGGUGAAGCUCAGGCAGGAGCAACAGAACACAAGGUCAGAUCUGCAAGCCAUGGAAAAGAGGCUGCAAGGAACUGAGCAGAAGCAACAGCAGAUGAUGUCAUUCUUGGCGCGAGUCAUGCAGAAUCCCUUGUUCAUACGCCAGCUGAUCUCCCAGAGUGAGAUGAGGAAGGAGCUCGAAGAUGCCAUCUCGAAUAAAAGACGGCGCCGCAUCGACCAGGGACCUGAAGCUGUCGAUAGCAUGGGCACUGGCUCUACCCUGGAGCAAGGGUCACAUGUAAUGUUUGAGCAGCAGGAGCCAGUGGAUUCGUUUGUGAACGGUGUCAUAUCCGAUCUUGAAAGCUCGUCCGUCGAUACAAAGGGAGCUGAGGUGCAGCAGAGUGUCGCUUCCAGCCGUUCGGAGCAACUUAGAGGCAGGCCCAGUGGAGAGCUGAAUGAUGAUUUCUGGGAGGACCUGCUGCAUGAAGGGGGCCUCGGCGAGGAGGCCAGCAACCUUGUGGUUCCAGAUGACAUGAACUUGUUGGCUCAGGAGAUGCACUAGCUCGACUCGAAGAACACGAAAUGUGGACAGUAAUGCAUCGCCGAGCAGCCCUGAGAAUCCUCACCAGAAAGCCUGUUGUUAUAUAUGUGUACAUAUAUGUCUUGUGUCGGCCAUGAUCAGUCAGUCGAGUAGCUCGCUGCUGCCUCCAGUGAUGAUGGUAUUGGUACCAUAUUAUCUUGGUGUCGUUUUUUUCCAUCAAUGCCGUAUUUACUGUUUAGUUCAGCUUCUGGGAGGGUUACCAUAUUAUCUUGGUGUCGUUUUAUUUUCGUCAAUGCCGUGUUUACUGUUUAGUUCAGCUUUUGGGAGGAUUCUAGCUGGGAUGCUUGCGAAUUACCCGUAUGAGAAUAAAUAUGAUAGUGUCCAGUAUAUAGCACAUAUAUGUGCAGUGAUUGUAUUUGGAUGAUAUCGAUGUACAGUAUCCUGCUGUGUCCAUGUAUAAUGUACUUGCUACCAUCUUCUUUUA